AUGUUAUGGUGUGCUACCGCAUUUCUCUUGAUUGCGGGAAAGAGCUCGAAUCGCUUGGAUCGCUUGGUUGUUGCGACUGAUGAGGUGGACAAGCCAUCCUACGGAGUUUAUGAAGUUAAAGGCCGUGAUUACUUUCCACACUCGGAGUUCAUCGAUCACUUUAUGUUGACUAAGACAAAAAUCACAGAGAAAGGGACCUACUACAUGUCUUAUUGCUCAGACUACCUCAAAUCCGUCGAGAUAGCUAGCAUCAUCACUGAAGGACUAACGGACAUCACAUAUCAGGCCCACGUCGGACUUGCCCACGAUACGAAGAUGGAAAAAAAGUGUCUGACAUACCUAUCUUCUAUAUCCAAGCUAGGACCGGAGCAAAGUGUGAUAGAUUUAUCGAAAUGCGAGAAAAAAGUGAGGAAAAUGUGCACCAGCCGAAUAAUCCUGGACCUAGCAUUUAAGGGUAUUAUUGCUGUAGAUGGACCAUACAAAGCGUUUGCACCGCGAAUGGCUGACCAACUGAUUGUGGUAACCCACGACCAACCUUUAGACAUGAGCUCCCUGUUCCUAAAUGGAGAGACAUUUGCAAGAAGUGGCACAGAGCUUGAACAGAAUGCGCUGGCUUGGUAUCAGGGACAUUUGCAUCUAUUCAAGCAGAACUUAAAAACAAGCGAGUGGACCCCAGUCACGCAGAUAGGAUCGGAGGUUAACAACGGACCAUUGAUCACGAAUCACGUUUUAGAAGCACUUCCUGACUCCAAGCUUCAAUGGACACAAUUUUAUAAAAUGAAGGAAGAGAUUACAAGGCCUUACAAUCCUUGGAAUCUUCAAAGAAGUUGGAGAUAUGAUAGCUAUUCACAAGAAAUCUAUAAUUUUCUUAAUUCUGAUGAAAGAAACUAUGAUCAUUUAAUACACACUUAUCCUUUCUUGAAUAGAAAUUACAGGAACCAUAUUUCUAGAUUUCACGAAUCAUUGCGAUAUUACUUUGACAAUUAUUCACGGAUUUUACAUCAGAUAUUUUGGUACAGUGAGAAACUAUCUCAUCAAAAAUUGAUGCCUCAUCGCACCACGGGCACGAUGAGUCAAUUCGAAGAGAAGGUGAUUACAGAAGCAUAA